UUGACCUUCCAAUUUGAUUCCGUCCUACCGUUUUGGUACACGCAUAUUCAAGUGUGCAUCACAUUGAAAUGGUUAGGUACCCCUGAUGACCGAUGAUAGAUUAACACUUACUUUCACAGUGGCCCGUACCUGACACUCACACUUCUGUCUCUCAGUCUAUCACAUCAUUCAAUCAAAAAAGUCUGUACAGGUAACUUUCCAGAGCCAUAAUAUUGUUGCAUAAUGUGUGACAGGCCCAUGCAACAAAAUUCAAAAUGGUUGACAUUCUCUCCUUGUCAUAUAAUAUAUGUUGAGAUAUCUAAGUGAAGUUUCAAUAGAUGAGAGCUCCUUUUAUGAAACAUAAUUAAAAUAAUCUACUGUAUGUUUAUCUUUCAGAUAGUCUGAGGUGUGAUGUUUGCAAUCCUUCUCAAUUCCCGAUGUCUACACACCAGUGUGCGGAGACUGGCUGGAGUGGACAAGGCAACGCUGAGCAAACUGCGGAAAAAAACAGGAUUCAGCAUAAUGCAUUGUAAAAAUGCCCUUGAGCAGUUCAACAAUGACCUUGAAAAGGCAGAACACUGGUUGCGAGAGCAGGCCCAGAAAGAGGGAUGGGUGCGAGCAACAAAGCUUCAAGGUCGACCAAUGUCACAAGGACUUGUGGGUAUUCUGAAGGACACACACAUCGCUACCAUGAUAGAGGUGAACUGCGAGACUGAUUUUGUUGCUAAAAAUUCCAAGUUCCAUGAUCUUGUAGCCAGGUUAACGACAGCGUGCCAUGAAAACUUUGUGAAGUUAAAUCAGCCACGAUGUGACCUGAACACAGAUGCCUUGGCUACAGUUCCUGCGGGCAAUGGGAAAACUUUGGCAGACAUUGUUGCCAUGGAAGUGGGGAAUAUUGGAGAAAAUAUUGCUACGCGGCGAGCUGUCUGCCUGACCACGGGGAAUGACAUUCAGCUGGGGUGUUAUGUGCACCUGGCAGGGCCACAGAUUCAGACAAACAGUGAUUGCAUUAUGGGUAAAUAUGGCGCCAUGUUAACCUUGAAACAGGUCAGCAGUGAAGUUAAUCCAGAGCUCUCAUUGGAUGAAACUACUCAUUUGAUCUGCCAACACAUUGUUGGCAUGAACCCUAAGGUGAUUGGGGAGCGAGGGGAGGAACCAACCAGUGAGAAAGUAUCUAGGCCGACUGAAGCUGAUAAUGAAAGUGAAAGUAAAAGCAACCCUGAUGGUAGUGAUGAAGAAGAGGUGCCAAAAGAGAAAGUGAAAGUGGAAGAAAACAGACUUAUUUAUCAAGAGUAUUUACUUGACACUUCUAUAACUAUGGGAGAAUUUAUGGAGAAUAAUUGUGUAGAUGUGCUAGAUUUUGUCAGAUAUGAGUGUGGUGAAGAUUUAGAAAACAGUCACAGUUAAUGAACUUCUGAUCGAUUUUGCUAACCCAUACAAAAUUCAUGUAUGUUGUGCGGGAGAUUAUCGAUUUUAGCAUUUUAUCACCAUCAGCAUUUAAAUUUUUCUAGUACUUCAUCGCUUGUGACAUAACAAUGGUGCGAACAGUCUAUUUGACCACCCUUACAAAAUAAACACAGAAUAUUUCAUUCUUCCCAAGAGGAAUUUGGAAUCUGUCUGUCAACCAUUGCUGUAGUCCUUUAAACCAGCAUUUUUAAUCUUAGUUGCAGCUUGCACUUUUCUCUACAAGAUAUCUAAAACAUCAGCCUAGCAUGACGUCCAUUUUUUUUUACCUGUGGUUGCUGAAAGUGAAGUCAUAGCAUUUUGUUGCCUUGGUAACCUACAGGGGUGGGUCAAAUUUCUUUUCUGUGAAAAUAAAUUCAGCAGAAAUGGAAACUUACCCUGUUUUAUUCUUGAGAUGCAACAAUGGUUGUCAUUAGAAACUAAAAUUGACCACCUCUCCUCACCUGCACGAAAGUUAUGUAAGAAUUGCUAACCCUACCCCCAUUUGUACCUGUAGACAUGUUCAGUAAAGUGACAUUUCUGUAUUAACGUUGCACACACAAAGCGCAUUUAUCCCAAUUUCAUCAAACAUAAGAAGCAGAUCAACUUUCAUACCUAUUUUAAAACACAC